AAUAAGCAGAUAAUAAAUAAUUGCAACAUUCGUCCGCUAGAUGUAUUUGUUUUAAGUUUUGCUUAUUGCAACUCUAACGGCAUUGCCCUUCGUUAUCUAAGGGUAUGUAAGUUGAUAUGCAGUUGACGAGUAGCACGCCAUAUUUAAUUUUUGUGCUGGAGAAAAGGCAAAUUUUCUUGUCUUAGGGACUACAUUUCUCCUUGCAUUUUUACAACCUGCUCAAAAUUUUGGGUUUGUAUUAAAAACGAAAACUCAAAAUAUAACGCUGCGACGGAAAUCUUAAGAAAUUGUACAAUAAUAUUUUAAUAAGAAGCGCUGCCAGAAUGGCAUAUUAUCAAAUACAAAGUUUAGAUGAUUUAAAGCAAGUUUAUGCAGAUGUCCAAGUAGUUCAUGUGGCCAGUGAUGAUGUCGGUGUCAGUAAUCCAAAUAGACCACAGCAAAUUGUUUUGGAUGAGAGUCAACAAAUUCUUUUGCAAAAUGAUGGACAACAGCAGGUAGUGUAUCAGACACCCCAACAACAGUCGCAAUAUCAGCCUCCGGCAGCGGGUGCUCACUACACUAUUCUUGGAGAAGAUAUUAAUCAACAGCAACAACAACAACAGCAGCAGCAACAUCAACAACAACAGCAAGUUUUGAUGCAACAACAACAGCAUCAAGUUAUGGAACAGCACCAACAGCAGCCACAUCAAAUUCAAAGUUAUCAAAUUCAACAAGAAACUCAACAUAUGCAAGUAACCGAUCAUCAAAUGCAGCAUAUCCAGCCUCAAUCGCAGCAACCACAACAAAUUUAUUACACCACCGAACAGUUGGUACAGCCAAAUGCCAUUGUGCAGCAUUCUACUCAUGGUCAGCAGACACAAGCACAGCAACAAAAAAAAGUUUAUAUUCAGCAACAACCACAAACGUUGCAACAGCAGUUUCAACAAACUCCUGCUCAACAACAUCAAUUGAUACACCAACCGCAAGCGCCGCAGCAGCAGCAACAUAUUCUUCAAAGCCCCCAACAUACACAACAAGUUCAGGUCCAACAUCAGGUUUCACCACCUGCUCAGCACCAGCAGCCACCGCAGCAACAACAAAUUAUCUAUAGAAUGCAGACUCAGCAGCCAACUGCACAGCUGCAGCAACAAACUCAACUUCUGAGUAAUACUCAUGUUAUUGUUCAGCAGCCUUCUGGACAACAAGUAUUGAUUCAGCAGCCGCAACAGCAGGAAAUUAUUAUGAGACAACCUAUGGGUCAACAACGUAUACUGUACAAUAAUCGUGUUUUAUAUUCCACACAGCAACCACCUCAGCAACAACAACAGACCAUUUUGCAUCAAUCACCACAACAUCAACAACAACAGCAACACAUACAAUUGCAAACCAGUUCAAUGCAUCAUACACAGGCUCAUUUGGUGCAGGCCAGGGUUGCGCAACAACAACAACAAACGCAACCUCAGCAAACAACAGCGCCUUCUCAACAACAACCUCAGCAAUUGCAGCAAAAUGUUGUUUAUCAUCAGAUACAAGUGCAAGGUAACCCAUUACAAAAGAGCCUUCAAGGACAAUCUCCUGUAAGCACUCAAAUUGUCCAGCAACAGCAGCAGCAAGGCCAACAGCAGCACAUACAAAUUCAACAACAACAACAGCAGCAACAACCACAGCAAACGCAAAUAAUGAAUGCUUCGUCAAAUCAAAAUCCGUCUACUACAUUAAUACGCGCAGCCAGUACUCGGGGAGGAAAGGCAGGUAGAGGGGCAAUGGGGAGCACAAUGAUUGCUCGGAUGCCUGGAGUUCCAGGAGUUCCGCGAGCGGAAAUACGUCCCACUUUUGCUGCAGCUACAGGUGGUGGGCCGGUGACCACUGCCCAAGUGCUACGGACGCCACGUCCACGAUGUAGCACUUCAGCAAAUACUCCACCUCGAACUCGUGGAGUUCGGGGACCGAGAGGUGGAGCCACAAUUGUUGCCGGGCGAAACGCUCAAAUUUCUGUGGGAGCAACUCAGGUGGUAAACAACUCAAGUCCUUUAAGCGGCGGAGUAGCUCAACAGGGCAAGAUUAUACCACAAAGUAUGUCAGGUCAAGGCAUUCGACAAAUAUAUCGUACACAACUGGGUGACAACAAUAAUGUUUCCACACAACACCAACAAUUACAUUUGGUGCAAUCUCAACCUCAGACACGUAUCGCUAGUACUACUUCUCGAUUUCGAUCGCCACCCAUUACCAGCGAUCAAUCACUUCAACAAUCUCCUCAAACGCCAUCGACUUCAACAUCAGCAGCUACCGGAUCUGGAGGAAAUUUUGAGUUGGACUUAGAAGAUAGUAUUCAAGCUGUAUUCGUAAAAAAGGAUGGUCAAAAAUCUAUAAACCCUGUACUCGCCAAUAGUCAAAUGGGGGGAACAACACUAACGACGUACUAUGGUGCCAAAGAUGACGACGAUAAUCGCAUGGUUAAAAUGCAGAACGGCACCUGCAUGACUUUGGCUGAAUAUAAAAAGCGAAACGCAGGGACUCAGAAUAUACAGAAUCCCGGAAUGAAAGCUUUGCAUCAAGCGCCGGGUGGGGCGAAAAUUUCACUACCGACGGCUGGGCAGCCAAUGCACGCAGUGCCCGUUGCUCGUGUAGCUCCACAAAAACAUCAAACUAGUUGCGAACAGCAACAGCAGACUCAACAAGCAACGCAACCUACGACAGCUGUGGUUGCACCGGCAUCCUCUGUUCAUCAGACUUCCCACAAUAAUUAUGAAAUUCAAACGCAACAUGUGCUGCAAAAUAGAAGCGGACAACAAAUGGCGGAGAAGGAUCGCAAUAGCGCCAAAAUGUUAGUUAUACUCGUUUCAGGGGAGCAGCGUUUGAUCACGUUUACUUUACCAAGAGAGUCAUGUACUGUUCAAGAUUUGCUUGAACAGGUCGGCGUGCCAUUCGAUAGUAAUACUACCAUACAAUGUGUAGAAAAUCCUGGAGCAAAUAUUGAUUUUGUAGUCACAGUGGGUUUUUCAGUACAAGAAUCUGCUAGCGAAUUAAUUUCACGGGCAGAACAAAGUUUACAAAUGAGUCGCCAACAGGAGAGCAUGGCACAACAUGGUGGCACUACCACCGCAGCUAAUGCUCCUAAUGUAAACAAUGCAGUUUCAGGUAACAGUAGCCAACAAUCUAGUUCGUCGAGUUUGAGUAGCACCUCUUCCACGCCUACAGGAAUCACACAACAAGAUGAUCUACCGAAAGACAAUACCUCUAAAUCGACGGCAAUUGCUAGUAAAGGUGAAGAAUUACCACAGCGAAAGUUAAUUCAAGGUUAUUACGCGAUUUGUCAAAGUUGUGGCUUUAGUGGUUAUGAUCAUGCUAAAUGUGAACGAUGUAGAAGAGUGUUUGUGGAACCUCCAAAAAAAGUACCCGUUAAACAAGCUGCAACUGGUUCAACCGCAUCAAAUUCUCCGGGGAACCCUGAAAAUAUUUCAAGUACUUCUGCCAGUCAAGUUGAUAAAAAAAGAUCUACAGAAUUGGUUGUACAAAGGGGUAAAACUAGUCUCCAAUACAAUGCCAAUAUUUCAAGUUCACGAGGACGAGGUGCCGUUCAAGCUGUACGAGGACGCGGUACGCGAAGCGGUCGCAGACCUGCAGAGGUUGAGCCUGUUAUUCUUACAUUAAGCAGUGACGAAGAUGAUGAUGAAGUUUCUAAUAAGGGAAAUUCUAAUUUAAGUGGAAAUGUAGUUAGCAGUACCAGUACGUCAGCUGUAGCAUCCUUUGCAGCCUAUAAACCAUUGCCCUUUGAAAGUAACAUGCCAGAGAAAGACGAAUCUCUUAUAUACACUGACUUCAAACGUGGGGAUGUAACCGACUUAAGUGACUGCAGCGAUCAAUUGAGCACCACACUAUCUUGUAGGGUUAUUCGAUUAGGUACCUAUAGUUUCGAACCUAGAGAACCGGUAAUUAUAACAUCAAAAGGAAUACAUAUUGUGGCACCUUUGGAAGCAAACACCAGUGAGGUGUGCACAUUAAAUAUUUACAAUAGAGAAGUGAUUAAAAUCGUAGCACAUUUUUCAAGAACAACAGAAUCUACGUUAUGCUUUUAUACCUUACGCAAAUGCGCUCAAUACAUCAAAAAUGCUUUGAAAAUGUCCGAUAGUGCAGCCCCAAUGGAUGGAGAAACAUAUUUUUCGGCAAGUGGUCCUUCUCAAAAACGGAAAAUUAUUUUGCAAAUUGAUUCUAUUGGUGACCAGGCGCAAAGCGUUAUUCGUUCCAUAUGGGACAUUUUAGAAGAAGUUUCUUUGGCAGAUGCACAAGUUUUGAUACAGCGAGCAACUGAGUCUGAUCGCAAAUUUGCUGAUAGCAAACAAAACUGUGAAAGUAAUCCGACUACAACACAAUUACUGCCCAACGACAUACGACAGCUAUUGAUUUAUCCACCCGGAAAAGGUGGUAUUUCUAUUAAUACUGAAGAUUAUUUGUGUUUGGCAACCGAUCAGUAUUUGAACGACAUUAUAAUUGAUUUCUAUUUAAAAUGGCUGCACGAUAACGUCAUUCCAAAAACUGAAAAGGAUCGCACUUUCAUAUUUAGUACAUUUUUCUAUGAACGUUUAACUACUUUUACACGACAUACAAAUCCCGACAAAGAUGUGAAACAAACCGCCGCGCAGAAAAGACAUGCUCGCGUUCAGAAUUGGACUAAAAAUGUAAAUCUAUUUGAAAAAGACUUUAUAAUUAUCCCCAUCAACGAACAGUCUCACUGGUUUUUGGCAAUCAUAUGCUUUCCAGGACUUAAAGGUCCAGUAACAUUUGAUACUCAUAUUCCAGUUGAAUUGCAGCCAAUUAAAAAAACAAAAGGAAAAAAGGUGUCUUUGCAAAUUGGCAACACAACGAUUACGCCACUGUCGAAGCGUGAGAGUGCUAGUGUUUUGGCAGAUGUUUGCUGUGUAGGGGAUGAUGAUAGUGAGAGAGAUGAAGCUGAAGGGGAUGACAGCGAUCUGGCUUCAGAGGAUAGUGAUUAUGACAACUGCAGUUCCAAUGCUCCGAAUAAUUCGCAGAGUAACGCAUCCGGUUCGUCAACGGGCGCGAAUAAUACCGCAUCACAGCAGCCCAUCAAACAACCUCUAAUUUUAAUAUUUGAUUCGUUGGCUGGCGCUUCACGUAGUCGUGUUGUCGCUACUUUACGAGACUACCUGAGCUGUGAGUAUAAAGUGAAAUUGCCCGAGAUUCCUGCUCACACCUUUAAUAAGGAUAACAUGCCUGGCCAUUGUGUGAAGGUGCCUCAACAGAAUAAUUUUACGGACUGUGGCUUGUAUUUGCUGCAAUAUGUGGAACAGUUUUUCAACGAUCCUAUACGGGAUUAUCGCAUUCCAAUAAAACAAUUGGCGAGUUGGUUUGACACCAUAACGGUGACCCGCAAACGUGAGGAUAUAUCCAAUUUGUUGCAAAAAUUAAUGAAUGAGCGUAAUGGACCCCACAAUAGAAUUUUACUACCCGAUAUACCCUUUCCCACGCUUAACGGCCAAUUGGUUGAACCAGAGGGCUACAAUAUUGAAUUUGAAGAGGAUGAAAUAGAUGAAGAUGAUGAGGAUGAAAGAUCGGUCGAAUUAGAGACUGAAUUAUCUACAGAUGAUACCAGCAAAAGUAAAACACCGAUUAAGAUGCCGCAGGCCAGCAAUAGUACUACUUUGGUGCCCACUCAAGGACGGAAGAUAGUCGUUAAAAGGCGUAUGCAGCUUGGCACUGUGAACACAGAUAUGGCUACUUCAUCUCACACAACCGGUACCACAACACCACCCAUUGCAACAGCGCAGCGGCCGACUAGCCUCGCUAAAAUACGCAAAGUGGAUCCGUAAUUUUACAAUGUCAAGGCUGGUAACGUGUGCAUUCUUAGACCUUUUCACAUAAAUUUGAUCGGCAUUCUUCUUUUUAAUUCUAAUUUAAGCCCCAGCCUGUCUGCCAAACGAUUUUUAUUUUUUAGUGUUUUCCUAUAUAAAUUAAAAUAUAUAAUAGUAUUUUAACACUCCCUGUUCAUAUUCAUUGUAAACUUAACUUGUUUUGGACAGGAGGGUACCUUUGCAAACUUUUUAUAUUAAUGUCUUUUUACAUUAACGUUGUUAGGAACUAAAUAUUGUGAAUAAGAGCGAGAGAACUGGAAAGCGAUCGUUUUAUAUUUAGCGAGAUAGAAACAUAACCUUUUCCGUUUCGUUUAUUAUCUUUAAUUUUCCUAAAAGAAAUAUGUAAAUAUAAAAAAACUUAUAUUAUGAUACAUUUGUUUAACGCAAAGAACUUAACAAUCCAUGUGCGACGGUAUAAAACUCAUCAUUGAUUCACCAAAAUGUGGAUACGAUUCCUUAGCUCCAAUAAAGCAAAA